ACAUAAUCACAUUUUCAGCAAAGCUGGCUGGGCUGAUACACUUUUUGGUGUGGGACCAAAGUCUCCAUUCAGAACCAUACAACUUCCCUUAUGGCUUGUAUUACCACUUUUUCUAUUGGACUAUAUGUGAGUUACGCUACAGUAGAAGGCUGCAUGUCUCUAUCCAUUCCGGACUGAUUUCCCUUCUACAAUUAUGUAGAUUGUCAAAUUAUCUUGGGAAUGGAAAUAUGUCACUUGGGUUUUUUACUCUAAUUAAGUAUACGUUGUUAUUUUAAAAACUAUCACAGUGCGUGGUCGUAAACAUGUAGUGCAAACACCAUAUACAUUUUUAUUUUUUUAAACGUUCUAACUAUUCUGUCUUUAUUGCACGACAAGCAGACGCACCUGUCUCUGUCGCGUGGUAGCCGGUUUUAUUUCACUUAUUUCACAGCACGGGCGGACACCUUGAUCUCAGACAGUUACAGUAUAGCCGCUUCGCGCUAGGCUAGACAGAUACAAAUGUAUUAUAAACGGUGAUUCCCUGGCAUUUGCGGCAUCGACUCGUGUUCAGGUAAGCAGGAAACAACCGCUCCCAGUUACUGAGCUAAUACUAUAAUAAGGGCGCGCACUGGUUCGGUGACUAUGCUACUGUAUGCUACUGUCGUCAUGUUCAUAUUUUGUCUCACUUCAAAUCCAAAAUAUGAAAUGUAGUUUAUUCAUCAGUUUUUCAACGGAUCACCAGACAUUACUGUUAUUGUAGCGGUUGCCUGGAGGAAAGAAGAGGUACCUCUCCUUGGAGACUUCCCGGGAUGCAAAACUCAAGCGCAAGACACAAGAGUGGAGUGCAAUACUGCUGCUGUCUGAUUGGCGAACCGUCCAUCGCUUCAUCUUUUCACAUUACCCGACGAAGCUCUAACCAGGUCUAUUGCAACCAGGACUCGACCACGAGACAUCUAACUUGUAGAGACAGUAGGCUAACAUUUGUCUCGGGUUUGUUUAGUCGGAAAAGCCUAUUAUUUAAGAAAUAGGCGGACGCCCUUUCGGUGGUGCUGAAGAUAGGAGGACUUGGCUGAUCUACGAGUGAGGAGAAUCAGUACACGAACCCACACUUUUCUGCCCGGUCUUGUCAGCUUUAUGAUAACAGGUGCUUUCGCUAAGAAGAACCACCUGAGAUCCCAAGGCGGAGCAGGAGCGCAUGACGACAAACACACACAGUGGCUUCAAAGAGCUAACCUUCCUUCGCCGUUUCCAGUUGGCAGGCCGCUAGAGAGCAGAGCGGGAGAGAGAGAGAAAAGAAGCCUGCUCUUGUCAUUCCGACACAUCUGUUCCGUGAAGGAAUAAGAGCAUGAUCUGCACUCUGAUUACAAUGAAUUAUUCCUCACCCGGCUAUAAAUAUGUGCUCCCUUGAACACUGAGCCUCUUUCAAUGCCAGGAAUCUUCACACUCCAUACAGCGCAGCAUCACCAGGCAACACCCAUGGCCAUGUCGACUGGUUUGGAGCUGGAGAAUCAGAGACACCAGUUAAGUUUACUGGGUAGUUCCUGCAGUCGAAUGACCAAAGCGCCCUCUAGUGGCCUCAUGGGUGGAAUGUUAUUCAUAUUUUUCAUAAUUUCAUAAUUAAUAAACAUUAUUAUAAUUUUUAAGGCAGAAAUCUGGUGUUUCUAUGACAAAUGGUUUUGUUAUAUUUCAGUCUUCUGUGAUGUAUAUAAAGUGUAAUAUUGGGAUGCAAAAGCCCUUGUCAAAAGAAGUGCACUAUAAAGGGAAUAGAGUGCCAUUUGAUGGCAGCCUGAGCCUUAAACAGGAAGUGGAUGAAUGUGAUAUUGGUCCAUCACCUCUAAUGGGAACAAAAGGUCAUCCCUUAAUUAUUCAUUUGGGAUGUCAAACAAUCCUCAGCCGCUGUUAUUUAGAGGAGGAGAUCCAUUGAAUAAUGCAGAGGGAGGAUUCUCUUUCCUCCUCCAAAACCAGAGGCACCCACACUCGUUGGUUUGGAUGUUUUAUAGUAGAGCCUUAUCUUUAUGCUAGAGCCCCCUGUCAUUUUAGACCGACCCGACCUUCACUGUCACUUCUGGUGAAACUUGGGAUGGCUUAGAAGGUGACAUCUGACUCGUGUUGUUUUUCUACAUAUUCUAGUGCCUGUUUACAGAGUGCUCCAUGCAGGGGGAGAACGAUAAUGCAUUAAAACAGCUGAAUCAUUAUGGUUGUCUUCCCACUCCCCCUAUCUGUUGUGGUAGACUACCCUUGUCAAUUGCUUUUAAGCAGCUUUUUUAAGAUGUAAGGGGUGUAUAUUGCAGCUCAAGGAGCAAAAGGAGAUAUUAAAGUGAAGAAUGGUGUAAUGUGAGUCGCUACCGUGGGAAGAAUAGCUGGGAGGAAGCAGAGAGGAUUCAGACGAGUGUGGGGGAGAGUCUGCAAAUGUGCUCUUUGUUGGGCAUGAGAGAGAGAGAGAGAGAAGAGAAGCAGAGAGAGAGCAACAGGGAGAGAGGGGGGUGGUGGUGGAGAGAGAGGCAGAUAGAGAGCGAAAAAGAGAGGCACAGAGAAAUGAGAAAGAGAGCAAAAGAGAGAGAGAAUGACAGAGGGAGACGGAGAGAGAGAGAGAGAGACCACCUCCAGACUGUUCUCUGAACAUGCAGAGAUGCACAUGUAGAGAUACGUGACUCUGUCACGGAUCCCCCCGGUACUGCUGCUCAUUCUGUUCACCAGCUCUGGAGGUCGACGUCACCGGCCUUCAAGGCUGCACUGAACUGUGUCAUUACGCACACCUGGUUCCAAUUCCUCACUGAUUGUGUUUGUAUAAAUGUGCUCUUUGUUUCCCCAUUGGGCUGUCGAUUAUUGUUCCCAUGUCCGUUGGUCUUGUGAGUACCUAUGCGUUGUCUCAGCCUGUGCUGCGUGUUUUGUGCAUUGUGUAUUUGUCACGCCCUGAUCUGUUUCUGUGAUUGUCUCCACCCUCUCCAGGUGUCGCUUAUUUUUCCCAGUGUAUUUUUCCCUGUGUUUCCUUUCUCUCUGUGCCAGUUUGUCUUGUAUGAUUAGUCAAGUCAACAAGCGUGUUUUUCUAGUACUCCCGGUUUUGACUCUUGCCUGUUUCUGUACCCGCCUGCCUGACCACGAGCCUGUCUACCACUCUGUACCUCCUGGACUCUGAUCUGGUUUUGACCUUUUUGCCUGUCCACGACCAUUCUCUUGCCUACCCUUUUGGAUUAAUAAACAUUGUAAGACUCUAACCAUCUGCCUCUUGUGUCUGCGUCGGUCUCGCCUUGUGCCUUUAUAGUAUUACGGGUCUCGUCCCGUGUCGUUCUACGAGGUUUACCCUCGCUCUUUUGUUUGGGGACAUCCCUGUGUUUUUUAUACGUGCUUGUUUUGGGUGUAUUAAAAACCCAGAUGAAGUAUUCCUGCGCCUGUCUUCAAAUCCUUUAUACCAGCGUGACAGACUCUCAGGCUGCAGAAUGGAGGCAGUGGAAGCACAUUGAUUUGGGAAAUUAGACAUGCCUACACUGAGUAUACAAAACAUUAAGAACAGCUGCACUUUCCAUGACAGACUGACCAGUUGAAUCCUGGUGAAAGCUAUGAUCCCUUAUUGAUGUCACUUGUUUAAUCCACUUCAAUCAGUGUAGAGAAAGGGGAGGAGACAGGUUUAAGAAGGAUUUUUCAGCCUUGAGACAAUUGAGACAUGCAUUGUGUAUGUGUGCCAUUCAGCGAGUGAAUGGGCAAGACAAAACAUUUAAAUGCCUUUGAAUGGGGUAUGGUAGUUUUGUGCCGGUUUGUGUCAAGAACUGCAAUGCUGCAGUUUCACUCAACAGUUUCCUGUGUGUAUCAAGAAUGGUCCACCACCCAAAGGACAUCCAGCUAACUUGACACAACUGUGGGAAGCAUUGGAGUCAAUAUGGGUCAUUAUCCCUGUGGAACGCUUUCGACACCUUCUAGAGUCCAUGCCCCGACGAAUUGUGGCUGUUCUGAGUGCAAAAAGGGGGUUGCAACUCAAUAUUAGGAAGGUAUACUCAGGGGAUUUUUAAGAUCAAAUUUAAUAGGAAGGCAAUCUAGUAAUUGGAAUAAUAAAAUGUUCAUAGCAGUGAGUUUCCGGGACACAGGAAAUCUCUUUACUCCUUGUUGCCCUAAUUGAACACCAAAUGAUCAAUACAUUUCUAUAAUUAAUAAUGUACUUUAUGAGGGAUGAGUUUUUAUGGCUACAUUACUGGAUACUUCAGCUCAGUCUGUCAACCAAGAGAACACAUCUUAUUAAUGUAAUUUCUGCUAGAACCAGUACUUGACUUGGAAUGAAAUAGGUGCCGGUACUCAUUUUGGUUGCCGGUAAUGUUUAUAUUUAUGUGCAAGAGCUCCACAAUACUUUUGAGCUCAUUCUAGAGGAACAGGAGCUCAAGCAGUAGAACAUUUGAGGUGAGCCCCUGCCCAAGUCAAGCACUGGCUAGAACUGAGGUAAGAUUGAAAACCAACCCGACACAAACUGUGGAUUGUUUGUGCUUGCCUGCAGAGUAAUGCAGAGCUUUAAAACAAUACUUUUUAAUGAAAAUACCAGUAAUUGCUUUCUUGCCUUUGCACUAGGCUUCAUCUGAAGAACCUUCCGUAAGAACAGUACCUAAACUCUUUGAAAAAAAGAUGCUAUCUUGAACCUAAAAGGGUUCUUUGGCUUUCCUCAUAGGAUAACCCUUUGAAGAACCAUUUUAGGUUCCAGGUAGAACCAUUUUAGUUCCAAGUGUAACCAUUUUGGGUGCCAUGUAGAACCCUUUCCACAGAGGGUUCUACAUGGAACCAAAAAGGGUUAUCCUAUGGGGACAGCUGAAGAACACUUUUGGAACCCUUUUUUCUAAGAGUGUACUGUACCUGUACACGUUUCAUUAGUUUUAGCUGCCAGGUAAGGUAUUAGUUAUGUAACUGAUCAAUUGAGAAAUUAAAACAUUAUUUUGGUUCACUGCUGGGGACGCUCUGAGAAAUCAUUGUGGAUUUUGUGCCGGUCAGUAUUUCUCAGGAAGAUAAUGUCCUUAUUCCCAGAGUUUGACGUUGCUGUACGGUACCCAGUGACAACGCUCGUUUGUCUUGGCCUUGAAAUAAAGGUGAGGAUGAACUGGGGAGCGGAUUUGAUCUGCGUGUCUCUGUAUAGCUAGGGAGCCAGGGAUGUGUAUUGCUAUAUUGCUGCUUAGAGGGAUGAACAUCUUCCUCCAGGCAGACAAGGUCACCGUUCGGAGGCUGAGGGCCGAGGGAGGAUAAAGGCAGCAGGCAAGGGCCAGGUGCUCUGAGUUAGUUUGUGGAUGGAUGGUACUGACUAGAAAACAGAGCCAGGGAGCCAGAGCUCAGCCUGCCCUCCACUCGGGACUCUCCCUCCACCCCUCCUCUGAGGGGCUCUGAAAGCAUUGCUUAACUCCUGUGGAACCCAACGCCCAGGUACCAGGGUGUUGAUCAAUUAGGCAACUGUUUUUCAGCCCAAGGUAAUUACAUAAAUGUAUUCUGCACUAAAGCCUGUCAAGUUAUUAGCUGGCAGUGUAGCGGUAUUCAAGCAAUUUCAGCCAUUCUGUGAUAGACACAGACACCGGUACACUGUAGCCGGGGCAGCCUGAGUGAACUUUUUCUCUGAAAGAGCUAUCAGCUGUGUUAUAAAACAGAGUGAAAAUAGAGUAAAUGUUACUUUAACAGCAAACAUUAAAAUGUAGUCACAGGUUAUUCAGUUGAAUUGUGACACAAAAGACCAGGUUCAUGCGGAAGUGUAGGUGUGGCAGGUGGUUAACAGUUGUGGUUUUAUUCAAAUGCAUUAACAAUGCUGCUGCAUAGAUUGGCUUUCCAUUUGAAUACUACAUUUGACAUAUUGUGUUGUAAACGUGUCUGUCUCUGAAAGCUAGAUUAAAAGAACAUCUUACUGCCCAUACAAACCUCUUUCUACAGAUGGUGGGAGGUUCACUGGAUAUUAUUUAUUUAUUAUUAUUUUUGCUUUAGCAGAAGUAUCAGCUGCUCUUUCUGGGGUCCACAAAAAACACAAUAUAACAAGUAAUAAAACUAUCAGGUUUCAGGUAAGACCCAAGUGCAGACUGUGUUGAAGUAACAAUGUUUAUUGCAACAACAGGGGAAGGCAAACAACAGGUCAAGGUAGGCAGGGGUCGAUAAUCCAGAGUAGCGGCAAAGGUACUGGGCGGCAGGCUCAGGCUCAGGGUAAGGCAGAGGUCGGUAAUCCAGAGAGGGGCAAAUUACAGAUCGGCAGGAAGGCUCGGGCAGGCGGAGUGGUCAGGCAGGCGGGCUCGGAGUCAGGACAGGCGAGGGUCAAAACCAGGAAGGCGAGAAAAGAGAGGUUUGGUUGGUUGACUUAAACAAACUGGCAACAGACAAACAGAACACCAGUAUAAAUACACAGGGAAUAAUGGGAAAGAUGGGUGACACCUGGAGGGGGGUGGAGACAAUCACAAAGACAGGUGAAACAGAUUAGGGCGUGACAAAAACACUGAUAAACUGAUAGACAAGGACAGUCACACACAUUUUAAAUACAAUGAUAUACAAAUAAUACAACUACAAAAUGUGUGUUAAAGUGUGUCUGUGUGUGCUUGUGUUUGUGUGUGUGUGUCCCCUCACAGUCCUCGCUGUUCCAGGAGAUGUUGUUUAAUACGUUUUUUAAAGGUACUUUUGCUGUUUGCUUGAGUUGGAAGGGAGUUCAAUGUGAUCAUGGCUCUGUAUAAUACUGUGCAUUGAUCAAUAACAAGUAAUAAAAGGCUAAGGUACAUUUUUAUGAGGUUAUGAGGGUAGUUUUCCCAUAAAUUCAUUAAUUCCAAGCCUUAGGAAAGACCAAAUACAUGGGACAGAUAUAUUAAAUUAUCAAUAUUUACUGCACGCCUGAAUUAGAAAAACACACCUUGUGAAUUAAUUACAAAAUUCUCCAGCGUUUCUGCACUAUUAAAUUAAUAAACAAGAAUUUGAGGCAGUGAAGGGAUCACUCUGCUAAUUCAAUCAGUAUUUCAUUUACCAGAUAGUUUAAUUACCAACCAAUCACUGCCCUCUUUGGCCCUGCAGGAGGUCUGAUAUGACUGAUGAAUGCGCUUUCCCCUGCCCUUUCCCACACACUGGGAAUGGGAAAAACAUUUCCAAGAAGCAGUCUAUUACCUUACAUUGUUCAUUUCCUACCAGUGUGGGUGUCUGAGUAAUACUUUUUAAAAUAAAUAAAAACACAAUGAAAAAAAUUAUCCAGUCAGAACUUGAACAUAUUAAACCAGGUAGAAAAUGUGUAAAAUUCUAAUGAACUUACAAAGUUACAUAAUUUAGUUUAUUAACAUUCUUCAUCAAGAAUAUGGGCAAAAUGAUAUUAUUGACAAUGAAAGUGGUGGGAAUGUUGUGCCCUUGUCCUAUAAUUGCUACAUUUACUAUCAAUAUAGCAUUGUUUUCCAGAUUGUAUUUUGGCGAUUAUUUUUCGCAGUGCGUAUAUUGGGUCGCGACUGAGACAAACACCUGGUUCAAUUUGGGUCCCGAGGCAAAACCAGUUGAGAACCACUGCUUUAUAGUAGCCGUUAAAGCUUGUCUCUGAGUGUCUGGUUAUGAUAGGGCUCCACCACAGUUAAACUAAUUAUGCUCAGGACCUAUUAUUCCCAAAGCAUAGGUGCCUUGUAUUCAUAUUUAAUGAAGGACUGUCAUUAAGAUUAAGCAGUAGUGUUCAACAGCAAGCUUUAGGUUGAUGCCUUUCAGAGUUGCUGCAGUCUGAAAAAGCCCACACAAUUCCAUUUGCACCAUGAUCCCUUUUUUGAGCCGUUAUUAAACAUUCAUUACAUUAUUGUGUAAUCAGUGUAAAACAGUUGCUAAUCUGACUUGACUAACAUGGGUUAGCCUAGUGCUUGAAAAUGGCCACCACGUACUGUACUUAAGCAGUUGUGACUGUAUGUGUAGGGAUUGUUGGGUGACCUGAACAACUGAAACAGUAGCUAUGCUAGAACAGUUCCACUUCACUGUCCCCUUACAGAUCUGCCUCUCAUACCAACAGCAGUGGUUGACUGCAGGUGACAGAAUAUGUAACAGUCAGUGAUGUCUAUUUGAGCUACAACAUUUUAUCCCAGUCGAGGAUUCAUUUAACCAUUGGCUUAAAUACUGCAUCUACUGAAGUGGACAUGGCACGUGCCUCCUAACUUGUGCCAUGGUCUGUCUAUCUGGCCCACUGACACUUUAUUGUGAGUUAGAGGUCUAAAGUUAAAACAUCUUGAAAUACAGCUUCCUCUGACAAUUUAACUCAAUGCCAUUCUACAUUUAAUCAAUCAAUCAAUCAAUUUUAUUUUAUAUAGCCCUUCGUACAUCAGAUAAUAUCUCGAAGUGCUGUACAGAAACCCAGCCUAAAACCCCAAACAGCUAGAAUGCAGGUGUAGAAGCACGGUGGCUAGGAAAAACUCCCUAGAAAGGCCAAAACCUAGGAAGAAACAUAGAGAGGAACCAGGCUAUGAGGGGUGGCCAGCCCUCUUCUGGCUGUGCCGGGUGGAGAUUAUAACAGAACUAUGCCAAGAUGUUCAAAAAUGUUCAUAAGUGACAAGCAUGGUCAAAUAAUAAUCAUGAAUAAUUUUCAGUUGGCUUUUCAUAGCUGAUCAUUAAGAGUUGAAAAACAACAGGUCUGGGACAGGUGGCGGUUCCAUAACCGCAGGCAGAACAGCUGAAACUGGAAUAGCAGCAAGGCCAGGCGGACUGGGGACAGCAAGGAGUCACCACGGGCGGCAGUCCCGACGCAUGGUCCUAGGGCCCAGGUCCUCCGAGAGAAAGAAAGAGAGAAGGAGAAAAUUAGAGAGAGCCAAGAUUUUCAAAAUGUUCAUAAAUGACAAGCAUGGUCAAAUAAUAAUCAGGAAUAAAUCUCAGUUGGCUUUUCAUAGCCGAUCAUUAAGAGUUGAAAACAGCAGGUCUGGGACAGGUAGGGGUUCCAUAACCGCAGGCAGAAGAGUUGAAACUGGAAUAGCAGCAAGGCCAGGCGGACUGAGGGCAGCAAGGAGUCACCACGGCCGGUAGUCCCGACGUAUGGUCCUAGGGCUCAGGUCCUCCGAGAGAAAGAAAGAGAGAAGGAGAAAAUUAGAGAGAGCCAAGAUUUUCAAAAUGUUCAUAAAUGACAAGCAUGGUCAAAUAAUAAUCAGGAAUAAAUCUCAGUUGGCUUUUCAUAGCCGAUCAUUAAGAGUUGAAAACAGCAGGUCUGGGACAGGUAGGGGUUCCAUAACCGCAGGCAGAAGAGUUGAAACUGGAAUAGCAGCAAGGCCGGGCGGACUGGGGACAGCAAGGUGUCAGCAUGCCCGGUAGUCCUGACGUAUGGUCCUAGGGCUCAGGUUCUCAGAGAGAAAGAGAGAACGAGAGAAUUAGAGAGAGCAUACUUAAAUUCACACAGGACACUGGAUAAGACAGGAGAAGUACUCCAGGUAUAACCAACUGACCCUAGCCCCCCGACACAUAAACUACUGCAGCAUAAAUACUGGAGGCUGAGACAGGAGCGGUCAGGAGACACUGUGGCCCCAUCCGAAGAAACCCCCGGACAGGGCCAAACAGGAAGGAUAUAACCCCACCCACUCUGCCAAAGCACAGCCCCCACACCACUAGAGGGAUAUCCUCAACCACCAACUUACAAUCCUGAGACAAGGCCGAGUAUAGCCCACAAAGGUCUCCACCACAGCACAACCAAGGGGGGGCGCCAACCCAGACAGGAAGUUCACGUCAGUAACUCAACCCACUCAAGUGACGCACCCCUCCUAGGGACGGCAUGAAAGAGCACCAGCAAGCCAGUGACUCAGCCCCAGUAACAGGGUUAGAGGCAGAGAAUCCCAGUGGAGAGAGGGGAACCGGCCCUGGAGAGACAGCAAGGGCGGUUCGUUGCUCCAGAGCCUUUGCAUUUACUCAGAGAUCUCACUGGGUCUUCAAUAAAAACAGAAUUACACAUUUAUUUUCACCUGUGUAUACAUAUUUGAAACUAUUUCAAAGAUAGCACAGUGUCUCACUGACAAUGUGUAAGUUCAGAAAUCUUUAGAUUUUCUAAAUCAAUGAUAACAGGUCCAUGAGUACAUACAGUAAAGCUCAUGACCAAGGGAAGACUAUGAAUGACUAUGUUAUUAAGGCUGUAAAUCAAUAUAUUCAGUUAAGAUGCUAAAUCUAUCUUUAUUUUCCUUGUUCCCUUGAACGGGUAUGUUUAUUGAUGGACCUGUUGAAAGACAUACUCUAUACUCAUAUAAACUGGGGUUCAGCAUUUUAUUUUUCUAUUAAUGUGUAUCACCUACACUCAACUCUGAGUCACAGCUUAGCUCAUCAUUUGUUAAUGAAGCAUUGACCUCGCCAUCACACAGUAGCACAUCCAGCAUUACCAUACAUGGUCAUAUACAUUGGGUAGAUACAGCAUUCAAAGGAUGUAGCUAUAGUAGUUGUUGCUGGUGCGAUCUGUAAAACAUGCAGGAACAGACCUCGAUGUUACAACAAAUAAUUCAUUGCAACAUCGAAUGAGAUCUGGGAGCUUCACUUGUAUCAGGGAAUAUAGAUAUUUAAUAGUGACUCCUAGUCAGCCCCUUUCUUUUCUACAAUGCUGGUAAAUGAAAGAUUUGGUAGUCUGCACUCGGUUCCGCUGCUCUACGAGGUUACUUGCUCUCAGCUACCUACAGCCGGUCAACUUCGUAUACUAACGGACAGCUUUCAAAUGGAGCCUGUUUUGUUCAGAGUGAGUAGUCACCAUUAGUGGCAGGCCUGGAAAGCAUGAGCGAUGGAUAGAAAAAUGGGGUCUUUAUUAGUAGAAGUGUUUCUGGAGACAAAGAGCGACUACAACAGGUAAAGAUACAAAGACUUGACAUCUGCCAUUAGGAUUAGGCUUCCAGAAGAGCAGAUUGCCUAUUACUAUGUAGUAAAUCUUCAUCUUCAGUAUUAACACAGAUUAUACAAUGUCUACUUUACAUUAGUGACUGACGACAAUGUGAUGAUCCAAGAGCCAAUUUACAGUACAGUACAGUACAGUACAUUACAGUACAUUACAGUACAGUCCAUAACAGUACAGUACAUUACAGUACAGUCCAAAACACUGACAAAUGAAUGAAGAGCAGUCAAACAUGUUUUGUAACCAAGGUGAAUGCACUCUCUUAUAGUAUGUCCCACAUUGUUCUACAAUGUGCUACUUAACAUAAAUAUGGUGCAGUAUCGUUAUUCAUUUGUGCUGCUGGUACUGAUACCAGUUCCACUGAUUGUCACCUGUUGCUGCCUUUGUUCUCCAGAACUGGGGAUAGGAAGGAAGUAGGUUAUUUUUAAAUACAUGUUUUAUCAGACAAUAUUGUGUUGAAUAUGUCCCACAGAAACUCUCUACAAACAACCAAGAGGAAAUUGCUUUCUGAAAAAUGCUCCCAUGUACAUUUUCAUUCAUUCCGUUCAAAUGGACUCUUGUCUAUGAAAGUUAACUUGUAAUACAGAUAGCCUCUGCUGUGGUAGGUUUGUCCUAUACCUGGACCUAUUACCACCUUCUAAAAGGGGGUUGGGGCUUUUGUGAAAGCUAUUGCUCUGUCUAGUCUUGAAAGUGUUGAAGACCAUCACAGGAAAGUAAUUGGUUGUGCUCUGUACCUUCUAGCAUCACCUACAGUUUCCCUUUUAUUCCUCUUGACCUUUGUAGUAUGAAUAUUGCUCAGCCAGUGGCAUUUACCUAGACUGUGAUGUAUGGUCAUUUAAGUCCAGCAUCUCUGCUCAUGACUGGGCACAGUGCCAUUGCAGCACAUUUUCUAUUUGGAGUAUGAAUAUUAUAGCUAUUUAUACAAUAGAUGUACCUGCAUCUACUGUAUAUAUUGUCAAUGAAAAUAGAAGAGCAUACAUUUUGAAUGAGUCCCCCAACUCCCAAAGAAAUCUAAAUAACUGAAAUUCCAAUGGAAUCUUGCUUAAACAGAGGAAGUUAAUUGUCAACAAUGAACAUGCGAAAACCUUAUUGGCUAAAACCUACUUCCAACCCAUUGUCCCACCUGACCUUCAGCACCAUUCUCAAUAGUUCAUAGUUCAUGCCGGUGCUGUUAGCAUAUUGACCUUGACACUGUGCCACGCCCUGACCUUAGAGAGCUUUUUAUGUCUCUAUUUUGGUUUGGUCAGGGUGUGAUUUGGGUGGGCAUUCUAUGUUCUUUUUUCUAUGUUUUGUAUUUCUUUGUUUUGGCCGGGUAUGGUUCUCAAUCAGGGACAGCUGACUAUCGUUGUCUCUGAGUGGGAACCAUACUUAGGUAGCUUUUCCCCACCGAUGCUUUGUGGGUAGUUAUUUUCUGUUUUGUGUUUCUGCACCUGACAGGACUGUUUCGGUUUUGUGUAUUCUCUUUGUUAUUUUUGUUUAAGUGUUCAGUUUCAAUAAAAGUCAUGAACACUCACCACGCUACGCUUUGGUCCGAUUCCUCCUCAUCCGACGACGACACCCGUUACACACUGUGUUUCAGCAAUGGCCUAUCAACGGCUCAGUUAACCAGGAAAGGAGAGUAGAAAUCUCAAUAAUGUAUAUCUAAUCCCACAACAUAAAAUAUGUGCCGAUACAUAAUCAUGAUGAGGCAGAUAUAUCUGCUGUUUUUUCCCAAUAAGAAUAUUAAUGUCAUUAAUCAACCAUGAAGUAAUCCCAGCUGGCCAUGAGAGUUUAAUGUCAACCAAGUUACUAAUUCACAGCCUGUUACCUAAACUGUGUAAUAAUAAUCAUCUUUAAAACUUCUUAUGGUGUCACGUUCCUGACCUAUUUAUGUUAGUUUUGUGUGUUAGUUGGUCAGGACGUGAGGUUGGGUGGGCAUUCUAUGUUAUCUGUUUCUAUGUUGGUUUUGGUUUGCCUGGUAUGGCUCUUGAUUAGAGGCAGGUGGUUUGCGUUUGCCUCUAAUUAAGAGUCAUAUUUAGGUAGGGCAUUCUCACUGUUUGUUUGUGGGUGAUUGUCUCCUGUGUCCGUAUGUCUGUUCGUACCACAUGGGACUGUAGCGUUUGUUUGUUUCGUUUCGUUUCGAUGUCGUCUGUUUUCCUGUACGUAAGUUUAUGUUUAGUUAUGUAAGUUUAUGUUCAGGUUGCGUCAACGUCGUUUUCUUAUUUUGUAGUUUGGAAAGUGUUUUGUUUCGUUUCGUGUGCCAUCGUAAUUUAUAAUAAAGAUGGCUUAUUUCCCUGAGCCUGCGUUUUGGUUUGAAGAUCCUUCUCUCCUCACCUCUUCCGAGGAUGAGGAGAGCGUCACCCGUUACAGAAUCACCCACCACGCUAAGACCAAGCGGCAAGGGAAAACGAAACGGAGUAAGGGACAGGAGAGAAAGGAGCAAUGGACAUGGGACGAGGUUUUGGAUGGAAAGGGUUGCUACACUUGGGAGGAGAUCCUAGCUGGUAGAGAUCGCCUCCCAUGGGAACAGCUGGAGGCACUGAGGAGAGCGGAGGCUACCGGAGAGAGGAACCGGAGCUAUGAGGGAACGCGUCUGGCACGGAAGCCGAAAAAGCCCGUAAGUAAUUCCCAAAAAUUUCUUGGGGGGGGGCUAGGAGGUGGUGGGCCAAGGGCAGGUAGGAGACCUGCGCCCACUUCCCAGGCUUACCGUGGAGAGCGGGAGUACGGGCAGGCGCCGUGUUACGCAGUAGAGCGCACGGUGUCUCCUGUACGAGUGCAUAGCCCAGUGCGGGUUAUUCCACCUCCCCGCACUGGUAGGGCUAGAUUGAGUAUUGAGCCAGGUGUCAUGAGGCCGGCUCAACGCGUCUGGUCUCCAGUGCGUCUCCUCGGGCCGGCAUACAUGGCACCUGCCUUACGCAUGGUUUCCCCGGUUCGCCUACAUAGCCCGGUGUGGGUUAUUCCACCUCCCCGCACUGGUCGGGCAACCGGGAGUAUUCAACCAGGUAAGGUUGGGCAAGCUCAAUGCUCAAGAGUGCCAGUACGCCUCCACGGUCCGGUAUUUCCGGCACCACCUCCCCGCCCCAGCCUAGUACCUACAGUGUCUACACUACGCACUAGGCUACCAGUGCGUAUCCUGAGCCCUGUUCCUCCUCCACGCACUCUCCCUGUAGUGCGUGUAUCUAGCCCGGUGCCUCCAGUUCCGGGCCCACGCACUAAGUUACCUGUGCGUCUCCAGAGCCCUGAACCCACUGUAUCUUCUCCCCCUACUAAUCCUGAUGUGCUUGUCCUCAGCCCGGUGUCAACAGUGCCGGUACCACGCAUCAGGGAUAGAGUAGGCUUUGAGAAUACAGUGUGCCCUGUCCCUGCUCCCCGCACUAGUAGGAAGGUGCUUAUCAUUAGCACGGUGCCUCCAGUUCCGGCACCACGCACCAGGUCUACAGUGCGCCAUAUCCGGCCAGAGCCAUCCGUCUCACCAGCGCCAUCUGAGCCAUCCGUCUCCCCAGCGCCAUCUGAGCCAUCCGUCUCCCCAGCGCCAUCUGAGCCAUCCGUCUCCCCAGCGCCAUCUGAGCCAUCCGUCUCCCCAGCGCCGUCUGAGCCAUCCGUCUGCCAGGAGCCUGCAAAGCCGCCCGUCUGCCAUGAGCCUGCAAAGCCGCCCGUCUGCCAUGAGCCUACAGAGCCGUCAGCCAGACAGGAGCCGCUAGAGCCAUCGGCCAGACAGGAGCCGCUAGAGCCGUCAACCAGACAGGAUCUGCCAGAGUCGCCAACCAGACAGGAUCUGCCAGAGUCGCCAACCAGACAGGAUCUGCCAGAGUCGCCAACCAGACAGGAUCUGCCAGAGUCGCCAACCAGACAGGAUCUGCCAGAGCCGCCAGCGAGCCAUGAGCAGCCAGAGCCGCCAGCGAGCCAUGAGCAGCCAGAGCCGUCAGAGCGCCAUGAGCAGCCAGAGCCGUCAGAGCGCCAUGAGCAGCCAGAGCCGUCAGAGCGCCAUGAGCGUCGAGAGCCGUCAGCCUGCCAUGAGCGUCGAGAGCCGUCAGCCUGCCAUGAGCGUCGAGAGCCGUCAGCCUGCCAUGAGCGUCGAGAGCCGUCAGCCUGCCAUGAGCGUCGAGAGCCGUCAGCCAGCCAUGAGCGUCGAGAUUCGUCAGUCAGCCAUGAGCUGACCUUCAGCCUGAAAAGGCUAGAUACCCAGAACUGCCCAUCAGUCCAGAGCUGUCUCUCUGUCCGGAGCUGCCUUUCAGUCCGGAGUUGCCCCUCUAUCCUGAUCUCCCUCUCUAUCUUUAUCUACUUCUAUAUUCUUAUCUAUCCCUCUGUCUUGAUUUAUCUCUCUGUCCCGGUGUUGUCCUUAUUAGAUAUGUUGUUAAGGGGAUUUUGUGGGGGUCAAAAGAGGGUGGACAUUCUUGGAGGGAGGAAGUUAGGAUGGAUUAUGGUGGGGUGGGAACCGCGCCCGGAGCCUGAGCCACCACCGUGGUUAGAUGCCCACCCAGACCCUCCCCUAGACUUUGUGCUGGUGCGUCCGGAGUUCGCACCUUGUGGGGGGGGUACUGUCACGUUCCUGACCUAUUUAUGUUAGUUUUGUGUGUUAGUUGGUCAGGACGUGAGGUUGGGUGGGCAUUCUAUGUUAUCUGUUUCUAUGUUGGUUUUGGUUUGCCUGGUAUGGCUCUUGAUUAGAGGCAGGUGGUUUGCGUUUGCCUCUAAUUAAGAGUCAUAUUUAGGUAGGGCAUUCUCACUGUUUGUUUGUGGGUGAUUGUCUCCUGUGUCCGUAUGUCUGUUCGUACCACAUGGGACUGUAGCGUUUGUUUGUUUCGUUUCGUUUCGAUGUCGUCUGUUUUCCUGUACGUAAGUUUAUGUUUAGUUAUGUAAGUUUAUGUUCAGGUUGCGUCAACGUCGUUUUCUUAUUUUGUAGUUUGGAAAGUGUUUUGUUUCGUGUGCCAUCGUAAUUUAUAAUAAAGAUGGCUUAUUUCCCUGAGCCUGCGUUUUGGUCUGAAGAUCCUUCUCUCCUCACCUCUUCCGAGGAUGAGGAGAGCGUCACCCGUUACAUAUG